CAUGAGAUGAGAGCGUAGAUUUAACUUUUCACACAAGAUCCGUGACGUCACGUUUGCAAUCCAUCUCGUGGACAAUCUUUUUCUGAUACCCCUGUCCUCUUCAACACAUGACCCGAAUCUUGUUAUGAACCGUCCAAAAUCCAAAAUCCCGAGUCCGUAGAAUCUUCACUAUCAGACAGUAUUUUCCAUAUAUUCCAUCUAGUCAACUACCUACAUUAUAUCUUCGGAUAACUAAACCUUAGAUACUUCACCUUACAUACUCACAAUAUAUCAAUACAAAAAAAAACUAUGUCCCAUCAACUCACCACCAACCCUUCCCCCACCUCCAUCCGCACCCUGCAAGCCCUCGCCAUCCUGCUCCUAACGACCACCGCGGGCGCGAGCUCCAGCCUCUCGCUAUUCCUGGUCCCGCGGCUCAUGGAGUCGCCCACGCGCCUGAUGGUCGAGCAGUUCCGGCGCGCGCUCGCCUCUUCCCAGCGGAUCCUGUCCGCGCCCAUCGCCAUUCUGCUCCCGGGCCUGUUGCACGCUUACCUGGCUUGCGCGGUCCCCGGGGAGAAGAGGAAGGCGCGCGUGCUGUACGCGGUCGCCGCCGCGCUGACGCUCAGCGCGUGGCCGUGGACGAGGCUCGCGAUGGAGCCGCUGCAGAGCAGGUUGGAGGAACGGGCCGUGAUGGCGACGACGUUGGAUGAGGAGGAGCCGAGGACCGCGCAUCAGCUCGUGGAUUCGUGGGCGAUGAGGAAUUUGUACAGGCCGGUGGUGAAUCUCGCGGCGGGGGUUAUUGGGUUGUAUGCUGCUUUGUGGUAGCAUGGAUGGUUUGGUAGUAGGUCCCUGGACAGUCAAGGACAUAAGCGCGUUGUUAAUCUAUAUGCAUACCUAGGUAGAUUCUGUGGC